UCCUGGGUCCAGUUUUCUUUUCUUUCAUCGUGUUCAGUCUCAGUCCUUAUCGAUCUGAGUCGGUCCUGAUUUGGAAUCAUCUUCCUUCCAUUUCCCAUACUUGCUACAUUCUCUUCAUCGUUUUCCAAUCCGGCAUAUCACCUCCCGGAUCAUCCCCCCAUUCAGUGUAAAAAGUGAACCGAGUAAGGAUUGGAUAUCAGUAGCUACGCCUGUGGUGAAAAUCCCUGGCGGUUGGUGUAUCACUCCAUAUUGCUCAGAGUCUUCAUUUGAAUCGUUGCAUCACCAUUCAAAUAAAUCUUGUCUGUCACAGACCCACAGAGAUAAUUGCAAAGAUGUCGCAGAAGCCCAUCUUCGUCGCUACUCACCCCCGCGCAUGCUCAACAGCAUUUGAACGAGUCUUCAUGACUCGCCGGGAUACCAUCCAGUGUAUCCAUGAGCCAUUUGGCGAUGCUUUCUACUAUGGCCCAGAGAGACUGGGUACGAGAUUUAUGGACGACGAGAAGGCGCGCCUAGAGAGCGGCUUCAGUCAGUCAACCUACAAGACCGUGAUGGAUAGAAUAGAGCGUGAAGCUUCUGAGGGCAAGAGGGUAUUCAUCAAGGACAUCAUCCACUAUCUCCUUCCCCCAAGCGGGAAGCCAGCCAGCAUUGCGCCAUCUCUGCAUAGAGUGAAGCGUGGUGUCGGCACCGAAGCCAACGGCCAUGCUGACAACGGUGUGGAAAGCAACGGCCAUGUCGAAUCGGGACAAAGCACCAAGCAGACGUCUCAGUACCCGUACCCCACAGAGCCAGAGCCAGGUAAUCCCACCGUAAUGCCCAAGGAACUGCUCUCCAAGUUCCACUUUGCCUUCCUCAUCCGUGAUCCCCACUUCAGUGUCCCUUCAUACUACCGCUGCACCAUUCCCCCCUUGGACGACGUCACCGGGUUCUAUUAUUAUGACCCAGCCGAGGCCGGGUACGACGAGACCCGUCGGACAUUCGACUACCUUAGGAGCGUCCACCUGAUCGGGCCACAUAUCGCGACAAAGGAGCAGGACGCGGACGAGAUCGACAACAAGCUCAGGCCCGUCAUCAACGGGGUCGGCGAGGCACAAGAAUCGGCGGAGAUCUGCGUCGUCGAUGCAGACGAUAUGCUCGAGAAGCCGGGCCCGAUGAUCGAGGCGUUCUGCCGCAGCGUGGGGAUCGACUAUGACCCGUCCAUGCUGGACUGGGACGACGAGUCUGAACAGAAGCAGGUGUGCGAUGCAUUUGAGAAAUGGAGGGGAUUUCAUAACGACGCCAUCGAAUCGAAGGGCCUAACAGCCCGGACACAUGGUCGGCCCGUGAAAACCGAAGAGGAAUUCGACGCCGAAUGGCGCAAGAAGUACGGCCCAGAGGCCGCCGCCCUAAUCCGUAAAUCUGUGGACGAGAACAUGGCGGAUUACCUGUAUCUCAAGCAAUUUGCCAUGAAAGUGUAAGUCAAGAGGAAGAGAUGAAGAGGAAUUUAAGUUGCAGGAGAACGGACAGGAGGAAUCCACUUUUUAUUAUUAGGUUUUCUGGGUUGUUUGCUUGUCUCUUCAAUGCCGGUGGUGAUCAUGAUGAGAUCUUAGCUCUGAUGACGCCAUUUGAUUAUCCGCGUUCAUUCGUGUUGUCCUUUUCUUUUUGAACUCUCCUUGCGUCGGAUCCUGGUGUUUUCUUAUUUUAUUACUGUUGUAUCGUGUUGUAUUGGGAGACUUAGUCCCAUCCCUGUUACGGAGUUGUUUUGUUAUUUUGACCCUACGUAGAAGCCCGAGUAGAUUUGAGUUACUCCGUAGAGUAUACGGAGUAUAUCAUAUGCCUCCAUAGAGCCUCGGUAACACUACAACAUACCCCAUAGAUUUAGAAAUUAGAUUCCACUUCUCUUACU